AUUAUGGUUCGAAUCCAUAUGCGAUUUUGUACUUGUUAAAAAGCUUAUUCCAGAUACCAACGUCAGUUCACUGGUGAAGACGGAACCGUUUACGGUAUAUACCUCUCCUACUUUUGUUUGUUUUCCAUGUGCGCGCAAAUUACUGAAUCAGAGAGAGAAUGAUAAAAAUAUACAACUGAAAAGAGUUUGAUUAAACUCUGUUGUAGAAGAUGGGUUUUGUUGCAUCACAAACAAUGACAAUUAUGAGUCCUUGUUCCAGUUUAUUACACACUUGCAUACUAAACCCAAAACUACCCACAACUUUAUUUUAUCAUUCAACCAAGAAAAAUCACACCUUUUCCAUCAAUUCCCCAUUCUCUUGCAACAACUGUCUUCCAUUUCAGGUGGGUACCCAGAGAGUGGCAAAGUCACCUGGCUUAAUAAGAGAAAAUAUUAAAUGGCCUUCGCCCGAUGAUGAAAUUCCUUUUUGGGAAAAGAGUGUUACUUCAUCUGAUGUGACUGCUGAACUAUCUUUCAAUGUAAACAAGGAUUCAGAUCUGAUGCACAUAGUUCACGUUACGGCUGAAAUGGCGCCAGUAGCUAAGGUGGGUGGUCUUGGAGACGUGGUAACUGGACUUGCUCGUGCAUGCUUGUCACGUGGUCAGACUGUGGAUGUUAUGCUUCCUUAUUACGAGUGUCUCCCAAUGCGGCAAAUAACUGAAUUGAACUUAAUCUGCACAUAUAAAUCGUACCAUGAUGGCAACUGGGUUCUGACAAAUGCAUAUCGUGCUGUAGCUUCAGGUAUCCCUGUCAUCUUAAUUGAACCAACCAAUAAUUUCUUUAAAGGCCCGAGAAUAUAUGGAGGUUCAUACGAUGAGCUGGAGGCAUAUUUGUUUUUCAGUCGAGCUUGCCUUGAAUACAUGCAGGUUACUGGUACUCAACCAGAUAUAAUUCAUGUUCAUGAAUGGCAGACUAGUGCACUACCCUUGCUUUAUUGGGACAUGUACCAUAACCUUUCACUUAAGAAACCGAGAAUAGUAUUGACAAUCCACAACAUGGAGCAUUAUGGAGAGUGUCGAAAAGAACAAUUUGGCAAGUGCGGUCUUGACGGAGAUGCUUAUGCUACCAUGGAUAAGGCAGUGGAUGAUAGAACUAUUGGGCAUAAUCCAGAGAGAUUGAGUUUACUCAAAGGGGGUAUUGUAUACAGCAAUGCAGUUGUUACAGUCUCACCAUCCUAUUUAAAGGAAACUCUGGGCUCCGGCUGGCUUUCGAGUACUCUAAUCAAAUGCCGUGAAAAGUACAAUGGUGUUUUAAAUGGCAUAGAUACUGCCUUGUGGAAUCCCGCUUCUGAUUCGUCCCUGCCAGCUAAGUUUGAUGCACAACUACUUGAUGGAAAGGCCAUAUGCAAAGAGUACAUUCAAAAAGGCCUUGGGUUGCCCACGAAGUCUGUUGGAGCUGGUACCCAUUUGAAAGACAGGAUACCUUUAGUUGUUUGCAUCACACGGUUGGUUGCACAGAAAGGUCUACAUUUGAUCCGGCAUGCAAUCAAAAAUGUUGAGGAACUAGGUGGACAGAUGGUUGUACUGGGAAUUGCUUCAAAUAGCCAUGUAGAAAGAGAAUUUGAAGGCCUUGCGACUUUGCAUAACCAAGGUCCCAGCAUUCGGAUCCUUUUGAUUUAUAGUGAGGAGUUGUCACACAUGCUUUAUGCUGCCGCAGAUAUGGUCUUAGUUCCUUCCAUAUAUGAGCCAUGUGGACUUGCUCAGAUGAUUGGUAUGCGGUAUGGAGCGGUACCCAUUGUGAGGAGGACAGGCGGUCUUGCGGAUACAGUUUUUGAUAUGGACGAUCAAUCUAGCAAUGAAAUGUCAAAUGGGUUUGUUUUUGAAGGUAUUGAUGAAGGCUCAUUGAGUUCGGCUAUGGAUCGUGCAUUUAAAUUCUAUUUUGACAAACCAGACGAAUGGCAAAUGCUUGUAAAGAAGAUUAUGCAAAUCGACAAUAGUUGGAAUAAUGCAGCUGCCAAAUACUUAUCUAUCUACAACUCAGUGAGGACACUUUGUUGAUAAUAUCAGUAAUAACUUCACCCGAGUUUUAUGGCCAGUGAUAUUCAAAUAAGGGAUGAUUACUCCUCUUUUUUCUGCCCUUCUUUUUCCAAAUGUAAGCAGCUCUAGUUUGAUGCAGGCCCAACUUUUAGGAAACUACGUUCUACACUUGUAUCUGCCUAGAAACAAUGAAAUAUGUAGGAUGUAAUGCAGCUACUUAGUAAUAGAAGUGAUCAAUUAAUUAA